AUGCUCAAUGAGGUGAUCAAGCAUCUUGCGCAGAGCAAGCGGGUCGUAGUAGUCACGGGUGCCGGUAUAUCAUGUAAUGCCGGGAUCCCCGAUUUCCGGUCGCCCAAUGGACUCUACCAGCAGCUCAAAGCACAGUACCCGAAACAUAUCCUCAAGGGCCAAGACAUGUUUGAUAUAAAUUUAUUCAGGGAUGAGUUUCAUCAACAGGUGUUUUUUACAUUUAUGGCGCUGCUCUAUGAGAGCAGCUGCAAAGCCAGAGGCACCGAGACACACAAGUUUGUGAAGCACCUCCGGGACAAGGGCAAGCUUCUACGGUGCUAUACACAGAAUAUUGAUGGGCUAGAGAGCAGUGUCGGGUUAAGAGUAGGCCCCACUAAGUUCACAAAGAAGUUCCACGAGUAUUGGAGGGAGUUGGAUGUAGUACAGUUGCACGGGACGUUGCACCAGUUGCGGUGCACUAUGUGUCAUGGUAAAGUGGAGUGGACCGAGCAGUACACGCAAGAGAUGCACCAAGGUGGAUCUCCCGAGUGUCCCUUAUGUGUAGCGCAGUACUAUGAGCGGAUCUACCGGGGCAGGCGCGGCACAGGGAUUGGGCUCUUGAGGCCGGAUGUGGUGCUCUAUGGCGAGAACCACCUCGACUCUGAAGAUCUCAGUCGCGGGCUUAGCCGUGAUAUGAAAAGAAAGCCUGAUCUUUUGGUUAUCAUGGGUACGAGUUUGAGAGUGGAUGGGGUUGGGAAGUUGGUGCGUACUAUGAGCCAAGAAGUACAUGCUCGAGGGGGAGUAGUGGUUGUUGUGAACAAGACCUUACUAGGGAAGAAGUGGAGCAAGUAUGUUGAUUAUGAGGUACUAGGGGACUGUGAUGAGUUUGUAAGGAUAGUGAAGGGAGAGGUACCGGAUAUCUUUAUGAAGCAACAAAAGCUCCAGUAUCGAGCAACUCUGCCUACUGACACCCUGCCCACUGACACUAUCGAGCGGAGCGAGAUAGUAGAGCAGCAUAGAGCCCCACUGCCCACUGACACUAUCGAGCGAAGCGAGAUAGUGGAGAAGCAUAAAGCAACACUGCCCACCUCCACAAUUGAAAGCGAGAUAGUGGAGCAGCACCAAACCACCCUACCCACUGACACUAUCGAGCGAAGCGAGAUAGUGGACAAACAUAGAGCCCCACUUCUCACCUCCUCUAUCUCGCCUUGCUCGAUAGUGGAACAACACUCAUCCCCACUGCCCACUGACACUAUCUCGCCUUGCUCGAUAGGGGAACAACACUUAUCCACAAUGAGCAACACUAUCGACACUAUCGACACUAUCGAGCUUUGCUCGAUAGGGGAGACAGUAGCACUGAAGAAGACCAUACCGAAGACCAGUUCUUCACACCAGUAUCUCGCUUUGCGAGAUAGUGGAGAAGCACUACAACCUAACAAGACGUCAUACUUCUCCCGCCCUAUGGGGCGGGAGAAGAGCAGCGAGAGUAUCAUGAGAGUGAGGAUCAUGGUGGAUGAGAUUAAAAGAGUGGUGGACAAGAGAAUGGAAGAGACUAGUGUGUUGAUGAGGAGGUACACAGAGAGUAGCAGUGCAGAGAGUAGCACUGCACCAGAGAGUGGCACUGCAAGUGCUACUCUCACAGCACCAGCCAGUAGCACUUGCAGUGCCACUGGUGCUUCCACUGCAUCCGAUUACGAAAUAGAAGAAUGGUUCGAUUCCUUGCCAGAGCUAAGAUCAGAGAACUCCUCAGGGAACUCCCCAGGGAGUUCCUUCUUGAGCUCUAAUCCCUUAGAGUACCCACCCGAUGCAAGUUUCCACUUUUCCCAAUACAAACACCAGUUCAACCCUAUAAUGCCUAUCUUCAACGAUACCUUUUUCGAUCCGAAAAAGGUGUUCAAACAGGAUGAGCUAGUGUUUUGGUGUAUAAUGGGGAUAAGCAGAGCAUAUGGUGAUGAACAGAACCAAGAAAGCCAUGGCAAUGGCCAUGGCAAUUUUCCUGGCCAUGACCAUGACCAUGUCUCUUCCCUCCUCAUAUCCCAUUGCUUCCACCAGACACCUACGGUGUCUCGAGAUAGUGUUGUAACGAGCUAUCAAGUGAUUCAAAGUGCUGAACACUAUCUCGCUCCGCUCGAUAGUGUUGCUCCAUUUAGUAGCUAG